UCCACCCAGCUGGUGUUCCUCGGACUCAAACCGAGCGUACCCAUGUGGGCGUUGAGCCGUCCCUGCUCCGCCCACAGCCAGCCUCCGCUCCGCAUACUUAACAUUUACAGGAAGCAAAGCAAAGUGAAACAAGGCUGGAUACACACAAGCCGCAUUGCGUACAGGAAGUUCCCUCCGAUUCCUGAGAAAAACGACACGAUGGUGAACUGCUGUGGUCUGCUCACUGACAAGAAGGAACCAGUUCCUCUGAAGGGCAUCGAGGUGGAGGUGGAGGUGAGGGACCAUGUGGCGACAGUGGUCUCCACGCUGCACUAUGAGAACAAGGAGGACAAACCGCUCGAGGCUGUGUUUGUCUUCCCCAUGCCUGCAGAUGCUGCUGUCUGUCAUUUCAGUGCAAAGAUAGGACAGACACAGGUUGUGGCUGAGGUGCAAGAAAAACAAAAGGCUCGUGAGGAGUAUGAUGAUGCAUUGAGCUCCGGUCAGCAGGCCUUCCUGUUGGAGGAAAGUGAGCAGAGCCCAGAUAUAUUCUCUCUGAGUGUGGGCAGCCUGCCUCCAGAGGAGAGCGCCUCCAUCAGGCUGGAGUACGUCACUGAGCUGGCUGUGCAGGCUGAUGACGGACUGAGAUUCUGUCUGCCUGCUGUGCUCAACCCUCGCUACCAACCUCAGGGUAGUGAAGGUGGCAGCGCUCAGGUGACCUCUGUGCCAGCUUCUCUUGUGCCCUACAGUCUGUCCUUCUCUGCCCGGGUGUCCUCUCCUCGACCCGUGUGUAAAGUGGAGUCCAACUGUUCCCUGGACCCUCUCCAGUACCUCAACACAGAGCAAACCCAGGCCUCGGUCCAGCUGGCUGCAGGACACAAGUUUGACAGGGAUGUUGAGCUGCUGAUUUAUUACAAAGAUGCCCACCAGCCCGCUGCUGUGGUGGAGGCAGGACAGGCCUCUGCCAAGCCUGGCAGUCUGAUGGGUGACCCAGUAGUGAUGCUGAGCCUGUACCCAGAGUUCCCCCAGGCUGUGAUGUCUAAAAUGACUUCAUGUGGGGAGUUUGUGUUCCUUUUGGAUCGAUCUGGAAGUAUGGAUUGUCCUAUGGACAGCAGCCAUCAGGGUCAGACUCGCAUCAGCAGCGCCAGGGACACUCUGCUGCUCCUGCUGAAGAGCUUGCCAAUGGGCUGCUAUUUCAACAUCUACAGUUUUGGUUCCGAAUAUGACUCUAUCUUCCCAAAGAGUGUGGAGUACAGCCAAAAGAGCAUGGAGGAUGCUCUGAAGAUGGUUGAGCAAAUGACGGCCGACAUGGGAGGAACAGAGAUCCUGCAGCCCCUCAAACAGAUCUUCAGCCAGCCAUGCAUUCCCAGUCAGCCCAGACAACUCUUUAUCUUUACUGAUGGAGAGGUGGAGAACACCAAAGAAGUUAUAAAUCUGGUGAAGAAGAAUGCAGCUUCUCACAGGUGUUUUUCCUUUGGGAUUGGAGAGGGUGCCAGCUCUGCUCUCAUCACUGGGGUGGCCAAGGAGGGAGGAGGUCACGCCCAGUUCAUCACAGGAACUGACAGGAUGCAGCCCAAAGUGAUGCAGUCUCUGAGAUUUGCCCUGCAGCCAGCCGUGGUGGACAUCUCGGUUACGUGGGAUCUGCCUAAAGGAGUGUCUGUCACCCCCCUUUCUCCAUCCAUCAAAACCCUUUUCGAGGGUCAAAGGUCACUGCUUUAUGCCCAGCUCACUGGAGAGAGUUCGGAUGCCUCAGACGGCUGUGUGACCGUGAAGUACAGGCUGGCAGAUCAUCCCUCUCUGAACCAGCUCCACUUCAGUCUCAAGCCUACAGAGGACAUGGGAUUGACAAUCCACAGGCUGGGGGCUCGGACUCUGAUUCGCUCCCUGGAGACGGAGGACGGAGAGCCGAGUGGAGGAGUGAAGGAGAAGGUGGUUGAGCUCAGUGUCCAAUCAGGAGUGAGCAGUGCCUUCACUGCAUUUAUUGCCGUCAACAAAGGGGAUGGGAAAGCUAUCCAAGGGCCUCUGGUGCACAGAAAUGUUCCAACACCCAUGAUGUAUUAUCAAGCCUGUAGUCUGUCGGCUUGCUCUGCUAUAUCGUUAGACUGUUGCAUGUCGGCGCCAUGCUCUCUUGAUCUCCGUGCUAUGUCGAUGUCAGACGAUGAGUGUGAUGACACUUCCUGUGACCUAUCCUGUGAGCCCCAGCAGCCACCCAGAGAGCCCCUGCUGCAGCUGAUCUCUCUCCAGAAGGCCUCUGGCUCCUGGCUGCUGGAGCCGGCUCUGGCUGCUGUGCUGGGAAAGACCAGCGAGGAGCUGGAGAAGCCCAAGCCUCCAUCGGUGACCCAGGAAGUGUGGGCCACCAUUCUGGCUCUGAUCUGGCUCCAUGGCUUCAAGAUGGAGGCUCAGGAUGAGUGGGAGCUUCUUGCUAUGAAGGCUGUGUCAUGGCUCCAUGCUCAGAAAGCUCCCUGUGUGGCAGAGUGUGUGGAUGCUGGAAAUGCACUGUUGGGUGUCAAGGUGCACAAAGAUGCCCUGGGGCUGUGAGACUUUACGCCUGUGGCUUCUCCUUCAGUCUGCUAACAAGGGGUUUGCACACACAAGUGCAUCUAUUCCAGGCUGCAACAUUUACUUCAUUAACAGAGCAUUUCAGCUUUUCCACAGCAGCAAUUGAAUCCCACAAGUGGCCGCAUAUCUACUCUGUGACAAACUGCUUUGCACUGUAUUGUGAAAAAAGAAGUCUUCAUUAUUCUCUUUGCACUACAGUCAGUGGACUGCCAUUUGAUUGCCUUUGUCAUGACGCAAAGCAUAAAGAGCUGUACUUGUGCCUUAAAUUAUAUUUGGUUAGUCCUGAAAGUGUUUUUAAUUGUGAAAA